AUGGCUUACGUACCACCACAUUUAAGAAACAAAGAGAAAACAACAAUAAUGAAAGGAGAACCUACUCCAAUUAGUCCAUCCUUUAUUAAAAAAGGAGUAAAUAAAUCAGAUCAUCAUAUUCCAAUAACAUCAAGAACUCCUCAACCAUCUCGUAGUUCAUCAACAAUCUAUAGAAGUGAUACACCUACAUUCACACGUAGAAAUAAUAGAAUUAUAAAUAAAGAUAGAUGGUAUGGUUAUAGAGAUUCUAGAGAAGAUCCUAAAAGAUUAGAAAAAAGAAAUCAAUGGUUAGAAGAAACAAAAGAAGAAAGAGAAAAAUUUAUUGAUGUAACUCUCUCAUAUGAAAACCUUGAAAUUGAAGUUACUGGAAAAGAUCUUCCAAAAGAUACUAUUGAAACAUUUUAUGAUAUUGAUUUAGGUGAAGAAUUGGAUCAUAAUAUUUUUAAGGCUGGUUUUUAUCAUCCAAUGCCAGUUCAAAAAGCAACUAUUCCAAUAGUAUUAGCUAAACGUGAUUUAAUGUCAUGUGCACAAACUGGAUCAGGUAAAACUGCUGCAUUCCUUUUUCCUAUUAUUUCAGAUAUUCUUAAAAAUCCACCAAUGCCAAGACAAGCAAAUUUAUCACAUAGAGUUACUGUAUUUCCUGUUGCUUUAAUUCUUGCACCAACAAGAGAAUUAGGACAACAAAUUUAUGAAGAAGCAGUUAAAUUCACUGAAAAUACCCCAAUUAGAUCAGUAUGUGUUUAUGGAGGAUCUGAUGCUUAUAUUCAAAUUCAAGAAAUGGGAAAAGGAUGUGAUAUUCUUGUUGCUACUACAGGAAGAUUAUUAUAUUUUACUGAAAAGAAAAUUGUUUCAUUAUCUUCUGUUAGAUAUCUUAUUUUUGAUGAGGCUGAUAGAAUGCUUGAUAUGGGAUUUGAACCACAAAUUAGAGAAAUUUGUGAAGAUAAUGAAAUGCCACCUGUUGGAAAACGUCAAACAUUAAUGUUUUCUGCUACUUUUCCUAAACAAAUUCAAAGACUUGCUGCAGAUUUCUUAGAUAAUUAUGUCUUUAUUACUGUUGGAAGAGCAGGAAGUACUGUUGAAUCAAUUCAACAAAUUAUUUUAUGGGUUGAAGAACAAAUAAAACAAGAAGCUAUUUUAGAUGUUUUACGAGAAUUUGCUGGAAAAGGUGAGAAAACAGUUAUUUUUGUUGAAACAAAGAGAGGUGCUGAUAUGCUAGAAAAUUAUUUAUACGAUCAUGGAUACAAAGUAGAUAGUAUUCAUGGAGAUCGUUCUCAAGCUGAUCGUGACUUUUCAUGA